AUGGUUGAUGCAGGGAACAAAUAUGGCGAUCUUGUUCGCAUUGGUCCCAAUCUUCUGCUUUGCUCGGAUCCGGAUGAGCUGAGGAGAAUCUCUGGUAUUCGUUCCAAGUACACCAAAGGCCCGGCAUACGAUGCCGGACGCGUUACCGAGGGCGACCCGCAUGUUGCUUCGCAGCGCGAUCCUGUCAAACACAAGGCGUUGAAAGCUAAGAUGGGCACUGCCUACUCCACCGAUGUACAGCCAGUGAUCGAUCGUCAGAUUUCGAAACUGAUCGAUCUCAUCGACAGGAAAUACGCGACAAACCGCACUUCCAACAACGCAAAUGCGGAAGGUCGUCGAAAUGAGACCUCUGCACGAUUCAUGAAUUUUGGCGAGAAGAUGCAUUUUUAUGCGCUGGACUGCCUCGGCGCGUUUGCCUUUGGCGAACCAUUCGGAUUCCUCCAAAAGGACGAAGACAUCAACCGAAUGACACAAAUUAACGACCUCUCUCUGCGAAUGGUCACUGUAGCGGGCUUAGUACCAUGGAUGUCCGGUCUGCGAACGUUGUGGCCAUUCAGGUGCUUGGUCCCCAAGGAGGGAGACAAAGUCGGGUUCGGAAUCCUCUUUGGCUUUGCAAAGAAUCUGGUCGACCGAAGAACAGCACCGGAUGCUAAGCCCAAAAAUGAUAUGCUUCAACAGUUCAUCCAGAGCGGAAUGACCAGAGAUGAGCUGAUGCAGCAAGUGUACAUUCACAUCAUUGCUGGCUCGGACACGACUUCCAAUUGGUCGCGCAUGGUCAUGCUCUGCUUAUUGACUUGUCCUCCGGCUUACAUGGCUCUUCAGCAGGAGAUCGAUGCCGCCACAGCCUCGGGAGCGCUGAGUUAUCCAACAGCGACGGAUGCUGAGAGUCGCUCUUUGACCUACUUGGAUGCUGUGCUGCGCGAGGCAAUGCGGAUGCAUCCGCCCUCGGUGUCGCCGUCUAAGCUAUCACCUGAGGGCGUCGACACCGUAUGCGGCUAUGCAGUACCCGGAGGAACACAGGUCGGCGCCAACGUACCCGGCGUGCUGCGUUCUCAAGCAGUAUUCGGGCCUGACGCGGACUGCUUCCGUCCGGAGCGGUGGUUGGAGGCCGCUGAAGAGGAGGAUGGCGUCAGGCUCACACGCAUGAAGUCGACGCUUGCACUCGUCUUCGGCGCGGGUAAAUACCAGUGUAUGGGUACACACAUUGCGUAUAUGGAAGUGCGGAAGCUGUUUGUGGAAUUGAUGCGGAGGUUCGAUUUUGCGAUUGUUGACAACAAGAAACCCCUACACGUUGAGUCGCUUGCCAUUAUGGUGGUGCACGAUUUCAAUGUAAGGAUAACACGGCGGACGAGAUUUCCUAUGUUAGGUAGAGAAGGCGCGGAGAUAUAG